AUGCAAUCCCAGGCCCACAGACAACUGAAGCAUCAUAUUCAGCAACCGUUAUUCAAGCUGUCUACAAGCUCAGUUUCCCAAUCUCCUCCAACAUCAGCUUCGUAUUUUGCGAGCCCAAAUGUCAACAAAACUGCAUAUCAUGGACAUCAGUUAAACAUCAGGCCGGUCAACUCACCUUCUAACACCUAUUUUCGCCAAAACAACCCAAGGCAGAAAGAAAAAGAAACAGAGAAAGUGGAAAAAGACAUGGCGCAAUCUGCAGAAAGAAUUCAUACCUUGCACACUCGCCUUCAUCAAGAAGCAGAGAAAAUAAGAAAGUGGGAAAUGUCCACAGAGAUAGAAAUAAAAGAAAAGGAGAAAAAACUACAGGAAGCUGUCCAAACAAUCGAUUCUCAGAGGAAAUCAAUCCUCGAUUUACAGUUCCAGAAUGAAAGUCUUAGCUCGAAGCUUCAAGAAGAGCUUGCAAGUAGAGAGGAGGUCGAACACAAAAUUGUUUCUACUCGAGAUAUGUGCAACGCACUGAAAGAUCAUGUUGCGAAAGUGGAGGAAAAUAUACAUAGAGGGGAAGCUGAUCGCGACGAACUUCGAUUUGAAGAUAGUAAGCGCAUUGAACAGUUCCAGGAAUUGGUAAUUAGGUUUCAGGAUCUUCAGAUUGAACACACAGCAAAGCACAAUGAAAUGAAAACUAAAUUUGAAGAACAGAGACAGGUGCAUGAAGAAUUCGUCAUGGACUAUACGGAAAAACUGGAGAAAGCAGAGAGUCAGAUUCAACUUCUUGAGAAUGACACGAAGAGAAAGGAGACACAAAUUUCCACCAUGGAAGCAGCUUUGGACAAGAGCAAAGAAGAGUCUACUUCAUUGGGGCAUGAGCUAGCCUUAUUACAGGAUAAACUGAAGAAAUUUGAAAGUAUCAUCACCUCGCAACAGGUCCAAAUACAAAAUACAGAGGAAAUGUUGUCUUUUAAUAAGGAGGAAUGCAAGAGGAUCGAACAGGAGCGCAAUACCAUCCAAUUACAGUUUCAGGAUGCCCAACAAGCGAAUCAAACAUUAAAAGAUAAUAAUCUUGAUAUGAAAAAGGAGCAAAGACAAGUUCUAGAUGAGCUGGAGAAACAGCUUUCUUCUUUGAUAAGUGAAAAAGAGAAACUGGAAGAGAGCCUUCAAAAUCUUACCAGAGUAAACGAAACAACGACGGAGGAAUUGACAAAUCUGCAAGUUAAGCUUGAGUCUCUGACAAGAGAGAAAGAAAAAGUAGACACCUUAAACGAAAAUAUUCUCAAAGAAAAGAAUGAGUUGAUGAAAGCUUGUGGAGACCUGCAGACCAGCCUUUCAAAAGAGGAAGAGAGGGUAUUCUCUAAGGGAGAAAUGGUACGGCAAUCAAAGGAAAAGCUUGCUCAAUUACAGGAAACAAACUCUUCUUUAACGAAUGAACUCGACCAGGUGAACAAAAAGAAAGAAGAAUUAGAGGAAAAGCUCCGACUUUUAACACUUUCCUCCGAAGAAAAGCAGAGGACUAUAAGUGAUCUUGAGGGCAAGAUCUACAAAGCAAAUUACAGUCAGAAAUACUUAACAGAGAACGUGCAAGAUCUUCAAACAAAACUGGAGAAUGAAAGAAAAGAAAAAGAAGAACUCCAAAAGUCUAUUGAAGACUUUAAGGCCUCCGAAAGAAAACGAAGGGGUGAAAUAGACGCUUUAGAAGAAAAAAUUGCAGUACUGGAAAAGAGUUUGAAGGGUGCUUCACAACGUGAAAAAGAAUCAAAUGAGCUAGUUCAGAAACUUCAGGAAGACUACGAAAGACUGCAGUGA